AUGAAUAUUCUGGUUUUCCCCGGCAACCCAACAAAUGGCCGAAGAUCAAAUCAUCUUUUCAAAUUGUGCGAUUUAGGAGCCGGAAAAGCAUUCGAUGAUAAAAAUGAGACGACACCAAAUGAAAUGUAUUCAAUUGUUGGCACGAAAAAUAUGUUGCUACCAAAUAUGGCAAAUGAUUUGCGUAGAAAAAAAACGUGGCGAACAACAAUUGGUUAUACAGGAGACGAAUGUGAUUUAUGGUGUCUUGGAUUAACUUUGUAUCAUUGUUCAACUGGAAGAUUCUCGAUCACAAGUGAUAAUUCGGAUGAUGAAGUGUAUUGUUCAGGAACGACGAAAGUUAAACAAGAUAUGGAUGCGAUUGCCACUAAAUUUAAAGGUAUGAUUAUUAUUAUUGACAGGCUUGUUAAUUAUGGCUCUUUUUUCUCCGCAGUUUUAUUUUUCCACGUCAUAACUAUCCUGCUCUUACAAGGGAACCUUUUUUACUCAACACUUCAAAUCAUGAUGAAAUUUGGUCCAUGGAUAGCAUUUGGGACCAUAAGAACACCCUUAAAAUUUUAGUCUCCCAAUGGACGUCUGAGCCAAGUUCUGGGCUCUCAAAAACUCAAAAAAGGCCUAAAAAUGGUCAUAAAAGUCAUCAUAGCUCCAUUUCAAAAUUUUUUUUGGGAGAAAUAAAGUUUCAGAUAUUGAUCAGCAUAGUCGAUUUACUAAAAGUACAUCAAUAAAAAACAUUUUUUGAAAAAUUUUGAAGUUUUUUAUUUUUCGGCUGAAAAUUCAUAUGUGCCCCUGCUCAUUCUUUUUUCCAAAAUCAAAAAUUUUUCUGAAAUUUUGAUUUAUUGAUGUUUUUUGGGUAAAUCGACCACGCUGAUCAUCAUCUGCUACUCAGAUUUUCAUAAAAUUGAUCGUGAAUUGAGCUAUGGCGAUCGUGAAUUGAGAUAUGGCAUAUGAGCCAAUUUUGGGAAUUUUUGAACUUUUGAGAGCCCAGAACUUGGCUCAGAGGUCCAUUGGGAGACUAAAAUUUUUAGGGCGUUCUUAUGGCCCCAAAAGCUGUCCAUGGACCAAAUUUCAUCAUGAUUUGAAGUGUUGAGUAAAAAAGGUUUCCUUGUUAGAAUUUCUUUUCUCUUCCAGGAAAAUAUUAUGAUCAAAUGUCAGGAGGAAUCAAAUAUGAUCAUGAAAUAAUCACUGAAUUACCAACAAGUUCCUCAAAUCGUCUUCCAAAAUGGCUAACUUAUACAAUCACUUGUCUAAUUCGUCUUUUUAUUCAUAAUCCAUCAAUCGAUAAAUAUGCUACAAUUUCGAAUUAUUUGAAAACUGCGCCAAGGAAAAAGUUGUUAUCAAUCGAUAAAUUAUCAAUAAUCGAACAAUGUGAUAUGUCAAAAUGUCCAUUUAUUGGUUUCAAUUUUCCGACAAUUUCUGAAUGUCUUGGAUAUUCGAAUAAUGUCACACUUUCUAUGAUUUCGUUGACAUCAAUUCGAUAUACUGAACCGAAACAAAAGGAUUUCAAAAAUUUGGAAAAAGAUAAUGAUGUUUAUUUGGUUAUUCCGCAAUGUGAAGAAACACAAUUGAGAAGUAUUGGACAUCAGAAAUUGGAAUAUGUCGGUGCGUUUUUUAAACAGAAAAUGUUCCAAGAUUUGAAAUAUUAAUUUUUCAGAAUUUUUCAAAACAAAAAAACAGAGUUUUCUGAUAUUUAGAAAAUACGUAAUUUUAGGACCUUUUUUGAAAUUCAGAAAUCGUUUGAAAAUUCGAAGAAAAUUCAAUAAUUUAAAACCGAUUUUCAGAAAUUAGACAUCUGAAAUUUUCAAAAUAUUUCGGACUUUUCCUUCCUUUGAAAACAUUUUCUAAUCUAGUUUUUUUUCUCAAAAAGUAAAUUUUUUGUUGACAGUUUUGUUUUCACCCAUAAAUCCUCAAAAAUCUCAAAAUUUUUCAGAAAACUCUACUAUACCUGAAGCAAAAUUGUUCGAAACACGAAGACAAAAAAUCAUGGAUGGUUUGAGUUUUUUGCGAGAUGCUGAAGAAAUUGCAGAGUUAUUCGAAAAAAUUUCACAAAUUCUUACAACUCAAUUCAGUUUGAUAAUGGAAGAGCUUCAAAAUGACGAGCGAAUUCAAAUAGCAUCUCGAUAUGCAGUCUACCUCGAAACCGCUUUGAUUCCAGUCGCAAUUUUCAGCCAAAAUUCGCCGGAAAAACAAGAACAUUUCCAAAAAUGUGUUCAAAAAGCUGGAGAAUCUCGAAAAGAAUUGGAUAAUCAUUCAAAAACUUCGCAAGAUUUUAUAAAAUCGGCUAAAGAUUGGAGAGAUAUUUCGAGGAAAUUAAAGUUGCAAGAAUUCGACACACCUGGAAUUAAAGAAGAGUUUUCAGAAUUCUUUGUUUUUGAUAAAAAUCAUAUUUUGGAAACUCAAGAAUAUUCGCAAACUUUGGUUGGAUUGUGCUUGGAAAAAAGGAGUCAUUUAUUGCGACAAUUAUAUGAGGAACAAGAAUUGGAUGAAAUAUUGAAAGUGAAAUUGAAUAAAAUUGAAUUAUCAAUGCAAACUGCACAAUAUUUAUUGAAAUUGAGAAAUGAUCAUUUGAGAUUACAACAAUUUAUUGAAGAAUGUACUGAUUUUUUGGAAAUUCCACAUCAAGAAAUGAAGGUGAGCUAGAUUUUUGAUGAAAAAAUACUUGACUUUGACUUUCAAAGUAAGUUAUGACGUGGCAAACUUUGGUUUUUUCAGAAUUUUUCUGGAGAAACACUUUUUUUGAAUUUCGAGCUCAUAUUUUUUAUUCCGGGCUCCAUUGUUCUCUACUCUAUUUUUAAUAGAUCUAGAAGUGUCCCGAAAUUUAUAUAGAACUACUGUACCACAGAUUUUUUUCCCGAAUUUAGAUUAUUAAAUUUUUCUACAAACGGUUGUAUGACGUGGAAAUCUAAUAUAGUUUUUCCAGAAAAUCACCAAUAAAGAGAUUUCCAAUAUGGGAAUUGAUCGGACUGCGAUUCGAAGAUCAAUCAGAUAUCAAUCACCGAAAUAUCAAGAAGCUCAGAAAAAGUUGGUUUUGGGUUGGGAAAUUCUAAAAAUGUGAAAUGAAAAUAUCAAAAAUAUUUUUCUAGAAUCAAGCCAGCAGCUGUUCGAAUCCAAGAACUCUCAAAAAUAUUGGAAUCAGCAUGUAAAGAAGAAUUGGAGAAGAAAUCAGAAGAUACAAUUAUACAACAACCAACAAUUGAACCUGCAAGUGAACCUGAAAACCAAGAAGGACCAUCUGAAAAUACAAUGUAAUUUAAAAAAAAAUAGGUGGGCAGAAGGAUUUUUUCAAAUUUUCUAGAUUAUUUAACAUGUUAAUUAGCUCUAAUUAAUUUGUUAUUAUUUCUGCUCACCUUUUUUCCUUUGAAUUUUUUUAAAAUGCCUAAUAAAUUUAAUUUUCCAGAGAUGACCCCACAACUCCUGUUCCCAUGGAAAAUCCAUCGUUUUUCACCGUGAGUUGAUUUCUUGACUCUAGAUUGCUAAAUAAUCUUAAACAAAAAAAUCAAUUUUUUCAGGCAUUGAUUCAUAAAUUAUCCCGGUCCACCUCUGAAAUUUAA